GAGAAAGAAGCACCUCCUUCCAACCCUUCCCGCAGCAGGAUUUGAAUAACCAGGUGUGAGCAUCAGCCUCCCUCGUUAAUGCGUUUGAUAAUUGACCAAGUGCUCAUUCCUGUGGGAGGGCGGCGUGCCCAAGCGCAGCGCCCUGCGAGGAGGGGCCGCGAUCGGCUGCUCCUUCGUGCCCCGAGAGCCCACGGCCCUGCUUGUCGCCAUGCGUGCCCGCUGCCUCCUCCUCCUCCUCCUCCUCGGGCUGCUCCUGGCUCUGGAGCCUGCCUGCUGCCAGGAAGCCCGGGGCAGUCUCCAGCCGUGGUCGCAGGGUGUCAUUGCAGUGGUUGUGUUUCUAGUCCUGGUGGCCAUCGCUUUCGUGGUCAAUAGGUUCUGGUGUAAGGAGAAAGUGGAAAAUGUCGAGACAGUGGUGAGUGUUGAGAACAAGCAAGACGCUGUCAUGUCCAACGGCCAUGAAGGGAGAUACCUAACCUCUGCAGCUGACUUCAGGUCCAGAGAGAGCCACCAUGCCUACGAGAACACCCUGGAACCCGAAGAGAGGGUGAUCACCACUGCCAUGUAGCGGGUGCCCCAGCCAGCUGCCCUCCUUCUUCCUCUCACUUUGCUUCCCGCUGUCACCAUGUGCAUUUUCACAGGGACGUUCUGCACUGGCAUCCCCCAUGCACGAUGGCUCCUGACCUCUCCAUGGCACCGUCAUGUCCUGAUCUUUUCUCUUCCUACUUGCCGGAUGUGCUCUUCUGCCUCGGGGGCAGGUGCCCACACAUGUGUACAUCCCCAGGAGAGGUCCAGAGGUGCCACCUCUCCUGUCCAACAGUCACCCCAUCUGGCUGGCGAGGCUGAUGUCCCCAGUUCCAGGGGGAUGUUGAUCUGCUCCAGACAUGGAGGGGUCCCCGCUGGGUGCCUAGGACCUCCUCCCACCCCCAGCCACCCUCUGAGGAGCUGUUGAUAGAAAACUCGUUCUCUUCUCCAUAUUUCACCCUCCUUUUUACAACUUACACCAUGAAUUUUAAUGUCAGAACAAACCUUCUCCCCUGUAUAUAACUUCCCUGUGAGCAAUAAAGAGAAUUGUUGCCCAUA